CUGUCUCUGAAAACAGAAUAAAUAAUGUUUAAGGAGAACGAUACAAACGUUUAUGUUAGCUGACUUAGCAGAAGGCUACUCACAGAAAACCUUGCGACUCCACUUUUAAAUCCAGGAGCCCAUAACAGUAACGUGAUUGCGUAUGACUUGGGCGCAGGGGUAUUCUGGGUAUUGUAGUAGCUAGCUAGAUAGUGACUAUAUUCGUAAUAUUCUUUACUCGCACAAUAUAGGUGAAGUGCUAGAGUAGAAUUUCUUCCAAACACACUGCAUUGUAUAUUGUAUUGUAUGCAUCAGUUUUGUCACCAUUCACUGCAGAAAAAAACAAGUCUAACCUAAUUUCUGAUAUUGAUAAACCAAAGAACACCGUAUCCCACAAUCCUUAGCUUUGUGUUGACAUGCAACAAUGGCGGCUUCCACGGCCAAUGUGGAAGGUAAAACAGCGCUUUUAAAGGACUCUUUAGCAAAAGUUGGAUUUGAAGUCUACCCUCUAAAGGUUGGGUGGUAUAACUCUGUGCUGCCUCUCUCCCUGCGCCUGGCUUACCCAGAUGCCAGCCUGGCCCUGGUGGUGCUCAGCACUCCUGCUAUGUUUGAACAAGCCUUCCUGCCCUUCAUGGAGGAGAGGGGCUGCCAGAAGCUGUCUGACCCCAUAGACCAGUGUGUCAAACACUGCGUCUCCUCUGCUGUCUCCGAGUGUUUCCCAGGACAGGAGGUGGAUGUGAGGUAUGACUACGAGCUGCUGCCCAGCAGGAAGCCAAAGUUCUUGGCGCAGACUGCGGCUCAUGUGUCUGGAGCAGCUUUCUACUACCAACAGUCUGAUGUCAGAGACCAUCCCUGGGGUGAAAAAAAGAUGUUCGGAGUGUGUGUGCAUCCGAGGUUCGGGGGCUGGUUUGCCAUCAGAGCCCUGUUGGUGUUCGGAGGCGUGACGGUGGACUCUGAGAUGGUGCAGCCUGAUCCACCUGACUGUGUGCCUUCGAGAGAGGGCAGGAUACAGCUACUGGAGGCUUUUAACUUUCACUGGCAGGACUGGGCCUACAGAGACAUCAUCCGUCCAGUCCAGAUCUACUCUCAGAAACAGAAGGACUACUUUUCCACUCCUCCUGCUCAGCGGUUUGCUCUGCUCAAGACUUGGGGCUUCCCGCCGAGGGAGAGCGAUCAACCUGAUUCGACCUCCGCCGCUCACAUGGCUGAAAACAGCUGAAGUGUGGAAGUGCUGCACAUCGUCUCUGAGCCCAAGCCGCCACCGCUAAGCUUUGUAAGGUUUUAGUGGAAGCUUUUAAAGGUACAAGGGAUACUUUUCAGGGACUUUUCAUAUGAACAUGUAUUGCUUUGUUCACACUACUGAGUACAAGCAGCUCCCGUGUCAUCUCAUGGAAACCGGAAAAUACUCAAAUGUAUUGUAUACGUUAUUGCUGCUGCUGUCGCAAACCUUGUGUGUGUGUGGGUGUUUAAACCAAAUUCUUUUAAAGAAUGCACUUUUUAUCCUAGUUGCUCGUGUCAUACUGUAACGCACAAACUGCAGACGUUUAAGUAGCAACAGUGACUUUCACUUUGCACAUUGUAUAAUUUCACACAAUAUAAAAAAAAAACAACGCUGUAUCACCAUCCUGUCUUGAAUUUGUAUCUUUACUUUUUUUUUAUCAUAAAGAGGACAAACACUUUUUUUAUCUAAUAAUUUCUAGAUUUAAUUUAAUUUAAUA